UGUUUGAUACAGACUCUUCUGACGAAGAAUCUGAUAGCACUUUUUCUGCUCUAACUUUGUUUUUGGAUCAGACAUUUUUUACCUGGGAUGACGCUCAAAAAUUUUUAGAUAGCUAUGGGUUGGAGAAAGGUUUUAGCAUACGAAGAAAACGAACUGAGUUUGAUAGUAACAAAGUUUUAAUUAGAGUUGGCUGGGAGUGUAGUUGCACAGACACAGUCUUCUCUGAAGUUAAAAAUGCAGAAACUAGUUGGGCUGCGCAAAUAGAUAAGAUAGAAGAAGCAAAACUAAAGAACAUGGAGGCAAAGACUUCCCAAGAGCCUCAAAGAACACAACAAACUGAGACACGUAGUGUAAAUGCGAAAACAACAAUAUCAAAGUCUAACAAAACUGCAAGCCCAGAUACAGAACAUGUGUUUGACAAAAAGGACCAAUUAGCAAGUGACAUAUCUUCAAGUCACAAGAAGACUUCUAAAUCUACCACUAUAAAGCUGGGUGAUGAUCUAGUUGGCGCCAAAGUCCACAUGUCUAGAGACCUACCAGAAAAAUUGAAUCCACACACUGCCCUAACCAGCACCAACCACACAGAGACAAUGCCCACAGAUAUGCCAUUAGCGAUAGAUAAUUCUAAUCACACAGAGGCUAUAUCUACAGAAACCCCAUUAGCAACUGAUAAUGCUGACCACAGGGAGGCAAUGCCUAUAAAUAUACCACCAGAAAUAGACCCUAUCAAAAUACAAGAAGAACCCUUUACAACC